AUCCGGGAGCAGAGGCCAUGGAGUCCCCUUCUCUGCUUCUCUGCAAAGGGCUGCUGCUCACAGCCUCACUUUUAACCUGCUGGACCUCACCUGCCAUGGCGCGAAGAAGCACUAAAGAAAUUCAGGUCUCUGCUGCCAAAGGAGCGAGGGUUCUUCUCUCUGUUCCGGUAGAGAGCUUCCUCUCCUUUAACUGGUACAAAGGGAGAGAAGAACACAGUGAUUUUAUGAUUGCCCACUAUGAAAAGACCCAGGAAGUUAAACUCGGGAAUAAUUCCAGCGGCAGGGAAGAAAUAUAUUUGGAUGGAUCCAUGAUGAUCAAGAACGUCACCCAGGAAGACGCCGGGAUCUACACUCUAGAAAUCUUUGGAACACAUGAUCGAUAUGAAAUAACACAUUUUCACCUCCAAGUAUACAAGAUUGUGACACAGCCCUAUAUGCUACUCAACAACACUGUAGUGAGAAAGCGGAGGCAUGUCUCAGUUUUCACCUGUGUGACACCGGACACUGGAAUCGAGUUCAAUUGGUUCUUCAAUUACAAGCCCCUCAAUUUAACGGAGAGGACCACACUGUCUCCUGAAAAGCACAAGCUCAUCAUCAACCCCACCUGGAGGGUCGAUGGAGGGAUCUAUCAGUGUGGGGUCUCCAACGCCUUCAGCUCCAGGAGGAGUAACCCGUUGCUCUUCGCGAUGGUUUAUGGCUAAUGUCUUCUCUCUUCCUGUGCCAGAGCGCUGAGGUUUUUGU